AUGCAGGACGUAUUGCUCCUAAACUCUAAGAAACGCAAAAGGUCGUCCUCCCUACGAUCCGCACCGCCGGAGAAGGUGCAGAAAAAGUCAAAGCCAUCGCGAGGAACCGUUGUGGUGCAUAGAAGACGCAAGAAAGAUGAGGAUUUGACUUCGAGUGGCUCUGAAAAUGGAGAUAGAGAUGCCGACGACCUCAGAGCAGACGUUAUUGAUCCAAAUAUCAGUGGCGAAGAAGACUUGGAGGAGACCGCUGGAGAGAAAAGACUUAGACUUGCAAAAAUAUAUCUAGAAAGUGUGAAGAACACAUUAGCGGAUGGAGAGUUUGACGCUGCAGAACUUGAUCGCGACAUCAUCUCUUCGCGUUUACAACAAGAUGUUCUCCAGCAUUCAGGGAAGGUCCAUAUCUUUCUUGGGAGUCAGAUUCGCGGGGCUGCGACGACUCGGCUCGUGACCAGAGGGCACCGUCUGGCCGUAACGGGUGCAGCCAUCUCCGAGGAUGGAAAGCGUCUAUACACAUGUGCGAAAGACGGCUCGGUAAUUCAAUGGGACAUAGCGAGUGGAAAGCAAGUGAUUUGCAUUCGUAAGCAGAUUAUCGAGAACAAAGGGAAAGGGAAGCGACGCGCGGAUGUGGAAGAGCCCACUGGCCACACUGAUGAACUGUGGGCCCUUGCCCUCAGCAGCGAUGGCAAGUAUUUGGCCACGGGCGGAAAGGAUCGGAGAGUCGGAAUCUGGGAGACUGAAAAGAUCAAGUGGCUUCGAUGCUUCAAAGGUCAUAAAGACUCAAUAUCGGGGUUGGCGUUCCGAAAGGGAAGCAAUCAGCUGUACUCUGCGUCCCACGACCGUUCGGUCAAAUUAUUUGAUCUAUCGGUUAUGGGCUAUGUCGAGACGUUGUUCGGGCAUCAAGAUCGUAUAUCAGACAUUGAUGCACUGCGAGGAGAGACUGCAUUGACCUCCGGAUGUCGAGACAAGUCGGUCAGGUACUGGAAGGUGCAUGAAGAGACCCAGAUUGUGUUUCGUGGCGGUACAAAGAGCGUUCUCCGAGAGGUGUUGGAAGGCGCUCUGGAUGCUGAUGGCGACGAGGCCCUUGGUGAAACACACAAACAGAGGGAGCGACGUGAUUUUGUGGAAGGAAGCAUAGAUUGCGUCGCUAUGGUAGAUGAAUCUACCUUUCUCAGUGGCGGCGAUAGUGGAACGAUUUCGCUAUGGUCCACCAACAAGAAGAAGCCCAUAUUCAAACAGCACCUUGCGCAUGGGCUUACCGAGCACGAGUCGGAGACUCAUGGGGCAGCCGUUCAUCCGCGGUGGAUAACAUCACUUGCGGCACUACCGUAUUCAGAUAUAUUUGCAUCCGGCUCCUGGGACGGCCACAUUCGGCUAUGGCAAUUGGAUCCCAAGCUGAAAUCAUUCUCGGCUCUCGCCACUACUAUACCUGUAUGCGGUGUUGUGAAUUCGCUUCAGGUGGUACAGGUGCCCCGACAGUCUGUGAUGAAUGCGUCGUGGAUGGCUACAGCGCAUAGCGGACUACGUACAAACGGACACGGACGCGGGAAGAGUGCAGUUGACCAGGCAAAGUCGGUACUUGUUGUAGCUGCCAUUGGACAAGAGCCCCGGACGGGACGAUGGAUCAAAGUAGGCGGGGAAGCAAAGAAUUGCGGAGUAGUCGUUCCGUUGGAAAUAGACGCAUGA